AGGUAGGACACAGAGGCAGGAAGGUUAAGCGCUUGCUCCUGUGGGAAGCUGACUUUGGUUGUGAUGUCGUCUAAACUCCCCAAACUGAGCCAGACCAUGCUGAAGCAGGAAUUUGCUAGUCAGGGCUGUGGGUUUGACAGAGCAAGGGGACCACAGCUGCUCUGCUCACAGGAGCACUGAGGAAGCUCCUCUGCUAGCCAUGAGUCUGGAGUGGCUGCCGACUGGCUGCUGCGCCGGCUACCCCAGCUGGCAUCGGUGCAGGCUGGCCGAGACAGGCAAGAUUGCGGCCUCAGAUGGCUGCAGGGAAAGGGGAGGCGGCAGCGACGGUGGGGGGACCAGGAUCCAGCUGAGGGGGCUGGACACUGAACAGCUGAAAGGCAGCCUGGUGGUCCUCUACGCACCUGCUGGGAACUCCUGUCUGCUCAGACUGAGCUCAGGGAUGGAAGAGAUGGUCUGGGAGCAGUACACAGUCACUCUGCAGCGGGACUCUAAGAUGGGAUUCGGCAUCGCUGUGUCAGGUGGGCGUGACAACCCCAAUGUGGACAACGGUGAGACAUCAAUCAUCGUGUCAGACGUGCUGCAGGGAGGACCAGCAGAUGGAUUACUCUUUGAGAAUGAUCGUGUCAUUCAGGUCAACAACAUCCCCAUGGACAACGUGCCUCAUUCUUUUGCUGUGCAGUCCCUCCGUAAAUGUGGAAAAGUGGCUAAAAUAACGGUGAAGAGACCUCGUAAGGUGUCAGUCCACUCACAGAAGCAGCCCCCCUCCCCAGGUGGAGAGAGUCGGGAAUACGCUCCUUCCUCUCACUACUAUGACGCCGAUAAUGACAACGGCUGGUACCGUGAUGAAGGCCGGGACCACACUAUGGACAGCAAAGGAUACCUGGACCCUGAGUACAGGGGAGGGCGGGACUCCAACCAGAGAGGGAGGAGCCGCGGGAGGAGCCAGGAGAGAAGCUCGCCCAGCCCGGACAGAUCCAGGAGGGAUGGCAGCCGAGGACGAGCCCUGGACACCAGCGCCGAGCGUCACAGGUACAACAGCAGAGGCCGCAGCCCAGGGGACAGCUAUCGCAUGGAGGACAAGUAUGAGCGAGGAGAAGGAGGAGGAGGAAGAGGAGGGAGGUAUAGGAGCAGGGACCGACUUAAUGACAACCCUCCAUCCCCAGAACCUUCCAGAGAGCGGGAGCCGCUGGAGAAACCUGUCAACGUCCUGCUGGUGAAGAACAGACCCAGUGAAGAGUAUGGUCUACGUCUGGGGAGUCAGAUCUUCAUCAAACAGAUGACCAGUACAGGCCUGGCUGCCAAAGAUGGGAACCUGCAGGAAGGAGACAUCAUUCUCAAGAUCAACGGGACAGUGACAGAGAACCUCUCUCUGCAUGACGCUGGGAAGCUGAUAGAGAAGUCAAGGGGGAAGCUGCAGCUGGUGGUCCAGAGAGACCACCGUCAGAUCCUCGUCCGCAUCCCCCCCCUCGCAGACUCCGACUCUGAUAAUGACGACAUAUCAGAGAUGGAGUCAUACCAUUCCUAUUCUCCCCCAGAAGAGAGGAGGUCCCGCCAGUCUGACCUGUCCUCCCACUCUUCUAAUGAAAGAGACAACCCCAGGGAAGAGCCCAUGAGGACAGCUGAGAUGUCAGCGAUGGCCUCCCCGUUCAGAGUUCCCGAAGAUCCCCAGGCCUCAGCCGAGCUGAACAAAGACACACCGCACACUGAGGAGCCUCCAGCUGCUGUAACAGCCACGCCCAAGAUUCUCCUCCGACCAAGUCCAGAAGAUGAGAAAAUAUACGGACCGAACACAGUGAUGGUGAAUUUCCAGAAGGGAGACAGCGUGGGGCUGAGGCUGGCAGGAGGUAAUGAUGUUGGCAUCUUCAUUGCUAGUGUUCAAGAGGGCAGUCCUGCUGAAGAGGAGGGCCUGCGCAUCGGAGAUCAAAUCCUAAAGGUGAACAAUGUGGAUUUUCAAGGUGUAGUGAGAGAAGAAGCAGUGCUCUUCCUGUUGGAGAUUCCUAAAGGGGAAGUGGUCACCAUCCUGGCACAGAGCAAACCUGAUGUCUAUAAUGAUAUCUUGGUGUCGGGGCGUGGAGACUCCUUCUUCAUCCGGACCCACUUUGAGUACGAGAAGGAGACUCCUCAGAGCCUGGCCUUCAGCCGGGGGGACAUCUUUAAGGUGGUGGACACUCUGUAUGACGGCAAGCUUGGCAACUGGCUGGCAAUUCGUGUUGGCAAGGACAAGCAGCUACUGGAGAAGGGCAUCAUCCCCAACAAGAGCAGAGCGGAGCAGAUGGCCAGUGUCCAGAGCUCUCAUAAAGCUGUUGCCGGUGAUCGAGCGGACUUCUGGCGGUUGCGAGCUAACCGUUCUGGGAAGAGGAAGGACCUGAGGAAGAGCAGAGAAAACCUGAGCAGUCAGACCCUGGCCACGCGCUUCCCAGCAUACGAACGAGUGGUGCUCCGAGAAGCUGGUUUCCAGCGUCCUGUGGUGCUGUUCGGACCCAUCGCUGAUGCUGCCAAUGAGAAACUGGCUUCUGAGAUGCCUGAUCUGUUUGUUAUUGCCAAAACCGAGCCGAAAGAUGCUGGCUCUGAGAAGUCCUCAGGAGUGGUCCGCCUAAACACCAUCCGACAAAUCAUUGAGCAGGACAAGCAUGCCCUGCUGGACGUGACCCCCAAGGCAGUGGACACCCUGAACUACACCCAGUGGUACCCCAUUGUCAUCUUCUUCAACCCAGACAGCAAGCACGGCAUCAAGGCCAUGCGACAGAGGAUUGUCCCCAACUCCAACCGCAGCGCCCGCAAACUCUAUGAACAAGCCGUCAAACUGAGGAAGACCUGCUCUCACUUAUUCACUGCCACCAUCGAUCUGAACUCUGCCAACGACGCCUGGUAUGGCAGUGUCAAAGAGUCUGUCAGAGAGCAGCAGAUGCAGGCUGUCUGGGUUUCUGACGGCAAGCUGGAGGGAGUAGAGAGUGAUCUGGACUGCCAGGACGUGGAGCGUUUGUCCUUCCUGUCUGCCAUGUCCGCUGAUUACCUCAGCAUGGACAGCCGGCUGACAUCUGACCUCGACGACACCGCUGACGAGGGCGGGGCCUACACUGACAAUGAGCCCGAUGUCGAGAUGAUGCACAUCUCUGCCAUCAGUCGCUCGUCUGAGCCUGUCACAGCUGAGGAGAUCUUGCGCAGGUACAGUCCAGACAUCAGGAGUCGCAUGCGGAAAAUCAGUAGCCGUGAUGUCCUAAACAGGUCCAGCCCUCCACCUGCCUUCUUAACAGACAGCAAGGUGAAACUGUCUUUGAGGGACGAUCCAGUCCUCCUAUCAGGCUCCACCAACCCACACCAUCACCACCGUCACCACCACCCUCCACCCCCCAGCUCCAGCCGAAGUUAUGACUCUCCGUCCAGCAGCAGCCCAGCCAGCAGCAACAACGACCCUCCACCACCCAUCUCCCGUUCAGCUGCUUCCUCUGGCCCUCCACCCCUGCCUCCGGCUCACCACUUCAACUCCAGUAACAAACUGUGGCCCCUGGGAGCACCCCAACCCCCCACCACACCCAAGCCCAGCAGUUGCGGGAGUACUGCAGAAGCUGCAGUUCACUCACCCGCUGCUCUGCCCAGUGCAAUUGUGGCAGCCUGUAGGCAACAGGGGGAGACAGCACAGGACAGCUCUGUGGAGGAUCCGUCCAUGAGGUCCUUCCUGGGGAAGAUCAAAGCUUUUGAGAAGAUGGAUCACUUUGCCCGAGCCCAAAGGAUGCUGGAACUGCAGGAGGCGCAGAAUGCCAGGUUGGAAAUUGCUCAGAAGCACCCAGACAUCUAUGCUGUUCCUCUGAAGACACCCAAGCUGGAUCACAGUCGUCCACAGCCUAUCGGCUCCAGCUCCUGUCCUGAACCCCAGACUGCUCCAUCCUCCAAGGAGGGACGUCCCUUCUACCCCAGCGAGGAGGAGGCCGAGGAGGAGACAGUGCCGGGAUACUACACCGCCAACUCCUACCAGUACCAGGAUACCCAACUGUAGGGUCAGCACACAGCAGCUGUGCCAGCCCUCAGCUUCCUGGACAUACAUGUACACAUGCACUGCAAAUGCAGUCUAGUAACACACAUACCAUUCCAUCAUGCCCUGCCUAAGUAAGCUGCUGACUUUGAACUGACUCUUGCUUCUUUGAUAAUGAGGGGGAAAAAUAACACUAUUUUUUUUGCUUCAUGGAAGUUAAAGCAAUCUGUUCUAUCCAUUUGGAUAGGAACACACUUCCUCACUUUACUUUUUAUGUUGUAUUUGAUUGUUUCUUUCUUAUGUACCACUUUUAAUGGUCAAAACUGAGUGAUUAGGAACUACUUGUUUUCUUGCCUAUGCAACUCUUCAGUUUGUGCACAGCAGCUGAAACCUAUUGCCACGAGUUUUGCCCUCACAAAAACCUCAACAAACCUAAAAACCACAAUGCGCUUUAUCACAUCUAUCCCCUUCUUUUAUUGCCAGCUACGAUCAACAAAGGUUACCUAUAUAUUAUUACAUAUAACGCACACACACACACAUAUAUAUAUAUGUAUGUGUAUAUAUAUAUAUAUACAUAUAUAUAUAUAUAUGUAUUCAAAGUAAAGUGUUUAUACUCUGUCUUUGCAUUCCUCCGUAUAUGACAAUGCCUGUGUAUACAUACAGUAUAUAUCUAUACAUAUAUAUAUAUAUAUAUAUUCUAUCUAGUAACACUGGAAUUUGUUACAAUUUUUUGAAGUGCCUUUUACUUUCUUAGUCCCAUGAGGUUCGGGUUGUCUUUCCUCUGCCCCUCAGCCACCCAGCCGUACUAAAACCUCUGCUGCUGUCAAGCUUAAAGGGAAACCAGGGAACCAGUGACACCAAAAUCUCAAUGCUGUCCCCACACACUGUACUGUCUACUGUCACCUCCAGUGACUAAACACACCCACAAAAAUACAGUGCACACCUUGUAGCCAGUCCUAUCUGCCAUGUGUAACAAAGAGCACUGUCUGAUCUCUAGAAUCCUGUCAAGAACAAUAUCAGUGUAAAACCAGUUUGAAAUUUGAAACUGAGAAAUUAGAGUUGGUCAAAGUUGUAAUCUGUAAAGGCCCAGUCACCUCAGCAAUAAAACAAAUUGGUGGCUAAUUUUUUUUUAAUUUCAACUGCGAAAUGGGUGUACAAGCUUGUGGGGUCAAAGUAAAUCUGCACAAAUCUUUUGUGGCAAGUUAAAUUUUGAACUUACAUGAGCAGUGAUUGACAUGGCAUUAGAGACUACUCCUUGCCCUUAUUGAUUGAUUUCUUUCAGGCAUGGUGGAUUCUUGCAAAUGCCAUUAGCAGCACUAUGAGGAACCAGAUAAAUAUGAUUUGUCACAGAUUAUCUGUAUCAUGUGCUAUUGUCAGGAUGUAGUGACAGUUUCAGCAAAUAUAUCACAAAGUUAUUUUUAUAAAAGUUAUCUUCCGAACCUUUAAACAAUAGUGAAUUGUCAUGGUGAUCUUUGAAGGAAUGAAGAGCCAGAGAGGCUAAAACAAAAGAGGCUAUCAUUAUUAGCUGUGCUCCACUUUUAUAUUAACUCCUCUGUCAGAGUAUAAACUGCUCGACAAAAGAGGCAAGGAUUUUAUCUACUUAUGAUCAGUGAUGUAGUGGUAGUUGAUGAGGUGGGUGUACUACUAGGUAGAUGGGUAGAUUAUCCAGGGGGAGGUGGGUAUACUCCAUGGAUGUAUAAAAAGAACUGGAUACAGCAUUGAAGGGAGGGCCUUCAUUCUUAUGAUAGUUGCUCAGUGGCGCAUGAAGCCAAAAUGUUUCAACUGCCACGUACAAAAUUGCCCGGAUGAUCAGCCCAUGGAGCAAGCACACUAGAGACUUAAGCCGGCCAAGCUAGCUACUUCCGGUUACCACUCCUUUAACUUGAUGGGAGAUGGGAUGAUUUAAUUUGCUUUUAGUGUUCCCAGUGGUGGUCAGACAUAAUGGAUUAAAUCCCAACAGUAAAAUAAGUCAUUUUGCAGGGGUUGCGACGGUCAAAAAAAAUGUAUCCGUUGAUUUACAGAUAUCUCUUUCCCAAUGUUAGUCUAUGAGGAAAAGUAGUUUGGGGCUGCAGGGCAUUACAGGAUGGUGUAAUUCCACUGUUUGGCCCAAGCCACCCAGGAACAGCGCCAGGCUUUGAUGCCAAUUUUACAUAGUGACCAAAAGUGAAAUAACAAUGACCAGGUCUGUCACAUGAUGCCAUGGGGCCCAAAAAGAAUUUUUCCUAUAGACUUACAUCACAAAAGAGACGUCUGUAAAUCACACAUUUUUUUGAGCAUCGCAACCCCUGUGAAAUAAUCUGUUUCACUAUCAGAAUUUGAUCCAUUCGGUCCGAUAACAUUUCCAAAGUCUAGAAGAGUUGUACAAUUAAAUCAUUUUAUUCCAAUUCAAGUUAGGGGCUGCCUACACCAGAAGACAGCUGCUCAGCUGACAGAAGUUACCCACUUGGCUGCAGUUGGAGCCACUGAGCAGCUUACAUGGGACUGAAUGGGGCCUCGCCUCCAAUGCUGUAUCCAGUUCUCUUUAUACAUCCAUGGUUUGGCCACUGCCAAACUCUGGCUUCAAAGCAUGGUGCACUUCCUGGGGGCCUGGUAUGCUCCUCUAUAUAUUUUUGGCUGAUAUGUGGGUAUACUCUCAAUGGCCAGAAAAGAGGUGGCUAUACCCCAUAUACCUGCAUGUACCCUCCACUACACUGCUCAUGAGACAAAAGUCGAAGGUACAAAUAUGUCUUAUGAAUAAGUUGUGUAAACCUACUGUCCCAAUAGCAACCAAUUUAACUAGCUAGCUAAACUAAUGUAGUUAGCCAUUAAGCUAGUUCAGGCGAGCUAGCAUGACUGACUAGUGCCAUCAUUUUUUCUGGUUAGCAUGUCAGUGACUUGCGGGUCGUAGGAUUUUUUGCUGCAGCACCACGGCUGGCCACUCAGGCAAACUGGCAACAAGGCUCACUCUUCACAUCAUCCAGCUCCAGUGACACAUCCAUGAGUUAGCUUGCCAGCUACUGUAGUUUGUAAACUCAUCCUGCAAACAGUCACUGUGUCACCAAGCUUAUAGCACUACCUAUUUUACAAGGACAUGCAAUGAACUUUGCUAUGCCACCUUCUGGUGUGACUGGGCCUUAAGAUUUCUUUUUUCUUAUUGUUGCCGUCUUUGGUGCUCAGUAUUCAGUGCUGUGCUGUUUUUGCACUGUACCUCCCAGCCAAAAAUGAUUUGCCAGUCUUAACUGUGUGGCCAGUAGCAUGACGUCUUUUGCCUUGGAAUGUUUUGUUGAUUAAGCUCCUGCAGGUGGUGCCCUCCUCUGUCUGUUCAGCCAUGGUGGCUAUCACUGCCUAUGCUAACAGCCCUGUUAAAUGAUAAGGUUGGUGAUAUUCUACAUUUUUCUUAUGGUUAUCAAAUUCCAUGCGCAGACCAGCAAUAAAUGUAUCCUACUAGCAUGUAUUGUGAGUGUACCCAGCACUUGAUGUAUCUUUUUCCUCUGUGCCAUAGAGCUCCAUUGUUGUCCAAAAACUAUUAGAGACAAGACCAGAACACCAAAUGUGGAUUAAUCCACUGUUGACAAUAGUUCUCAACAAGUGCACUAUUUCUUCGAGUUUAAAUAACAUUUGAUAAAAACUACAGUGACCACCUAUUUUAGGAAAUUACUGAGCCUUUUUUAAAAUGAAACUAUAUAUGUCAUCAUUAGGAACCAGAAAGUAUUGGAUGGACUAACACAGUGUUGAUUUUGGUCUUUAUGUAACAAUAAGAAAAAUAAAUAAAUAACACCAGUCUUAUCUGUUCAAAGCUGUGUCCCAUUUCAAACAGCUUCCUAUCAAGACUGAAUAAGAGGAGCUGGAUCAGUCCUCCAAAGGUAUGCCUGGAUAAACUUGGGGCCAAUGGGGUGUGUUGCCUAGAUUUUGACACAGAAACACACACAUACACAAACCUACCAGAAAGGGAGUCAAGCAAAGGCAAUCUUUAAGGAGCUGGCUGAAUUAUUUUUGUGUUUUAUCAGUCAUCCACAGAGUGGAGAAAAACAAAUUUACAAAUGUCUGAAGCCACAUUUUCUAACCCACAGAAAUAUGUGUUCUGCCCUGGUCUGUGUCUGUGGUGGAGGCAGUCAGUUUUAUUUGAUCUGGACUCCAUUAUCAGUGUGAAUGGGUGGUGUCCCACAUGUUUCAAAUAUGCUUGAUUGUAUAUCUCAGUUAACUCUUUACCUCCACACAUGAGCUACAAAGUGCUUACUGUCCAAAUCCAAGUGCUAAUAAGGGACGUCCCUCACAAUGGAUUGGCAUUGAACUCCUGAAGUAUAAUGUACUGUGUCAUGGCAGAGGGUUAUAUUACAGACGAGAUGGAGAGAAUGAGAAGAAUGAUUGGACUGUGUCUGCUGAGUGUUUCCAUGUUUUCACCGUAAGACACCAAAUAAAACAAAAAGUCUUAACCACA